GACACCCAAACGCGCCCCUCCGUAUUGCAAUUUAAAAUGGCAUCGGUUGAAACCUAUUCCAUGUCAGCACUCAUUCAAAAAUGCACCUCUACGAAUUCCCUGAGAAAAGCCCGCCAACUCCACGCACUCAUCCUAACCGCCACAACGGUCAUCAGCCCACCACCCUUCCUCAACAACAACCUACUCUCCAUGUAUGCCAAAUCCAACUCCAUCGAAGACGCUCGCCGUGUUUUCGACAAAAUGCCUAGUAGAAAUCCAGUCUCCUACAAUGCCCUCAUUGCAGCCUACUCACGAAUACCUGGCCAAGCCGUUUCCGCCCUCAGGUUAUUUCAGCUAAUGGCGAUGGAAGGCCUCAGUCCCAGUAGCUCCACCUUCACAAGCCUUCUCCAAGCAUCGUCUUCGAUUGAAGACCACUCGUAUGGCUGUGGGGUCCACACCCAAGUCAUCAAAUUGGGAUUCUUUAAUGAUCUCCCUGUCCAGACGUCUCUACUCGGGAUGUACUCCAAUUGCGGGGACUCCGCAUCUGCGGACAUGGUUUUCAGUAUGAUGAUCGAAAGAGAUGCCGUUGCUUGGAAUUCUAUGAUUUUCGGUAACGUGAGGAAUGGUUGGAUCGAACGAGGCCUGCAGCUGUUCUGCAGCAUGGUGCGGGCUGGGUCGGUCCCAACCCACUUCACCUUUUCGAUUGCUUUGAAUGCUUGUAGCCGACUCGGAGAUCAGAUUAGCGGGAGAAUAAUACACUCCCGUAUCAUCAAAUCUGAGUAUCCGGCCGAUACCCCACUGCAGAAUGCCCUGAUUGACAUGUAUUCCAGCUGUGGGGACUCGGAAACCGCUUUCUCUGUUUUUAGAAUGAUCGAGACACCAGACUUGGUUUCAUGGAAUUCGAUGAUAGCUGGGUACUCGGAGAAUGGAGAUGGAGAGAAGGCAAUGGAACUGUUUGUCCGAUCACGGCAUUCAUCUUUAGAAAAUCCUGAUGAAUACACUUUUGCAGCUAUUGUUUCUGCAACCGGAGCUUUAGCUGCUCUGAAUUAUGGGAAACCGCUUCAUGCCCAUAUCAAGAAAGCGGGAUUUGAGCAUAGUGUUUUUGUCGUGAGUACUCUAAUCAACAUGUAUUUCAAGAUUGGUGAAACAGGAUCUGCUAGGAAGCUUUUCAAUUCGAUGUUGGAGAGAGAUGCUAUACUCUGGACUGAAAUGAUUUCCGGCCACUCGAGAUUGGGUGAGGGUGAAAUUGCAGUUGAGCACUUCUGCGGCAUGCUAGAGGAAGGCCAUAAGGUUGAUAGCUUUUCUCUUAGCAGUGUCUUGAGCUCAGCUGCUGAUCUCGCAGCUCUAACACAAGGGGAAAUGAUCCAUUCUCUUGUGGUAAAAACAGGACAUGAGGCAGAUAUGUGUGUCUGCGGGAGCCUGGUCGAUAUGUACGCCAAAAAUGGCUACCUCAAAGCCGCUCAUUUGGGAUUUUCUAGAGUCACAAAACCUGAUUUAAAAUGCUGGAAUUCGAUGCUCGGAGGAUAUGGUCACCAUGGAAAUGCUGAGCAGGCAUUCGAGCUCUUUGAUGAGAUGGAGAAACAAGGUCUGAGACCCGAUCGGGUUACCUUCAUCUCGCUGCUAUCUGCUUGCAGCCAUUGUGGCCUGGUUGAGAAAGGAACAUUCUACUGGAAUUACAUGAAGGAAAACAACAUAGCACCAGGCCUAAAACACUACUCUUGCAUGGUGAGCCUCUUGAGUCGAGCCGGAUUAUUGCGGGUUGCAGAGGAUUUGAUCAAGGAGUCGCCUUUUCACGAUGAUUUUCCAGAACUAUGGAGAAUCUUGCUUAGCUCAUGCAUCAUUAACAAGGAGUUGGAGAUGGGCGUGCAUGCUGCAGAGCGAGUUUUAAGAUACGAGCCAGAAGAUACUGCAACCCAUAUACUGCUUUUGAAUCUUUACGCGGCCGCAGGGAGAUGGGACGCAGUGGCUGAAAUGAGAAGAAAAGUAAGAGGAUUGGCAACAGAAAAGGAUCCUGGGCUUAGCUGGAUUGAGGUCCGGAAUGAGAUUCAUGUUUUCUCUGCCGGUGAUGAAUCCCACCCACAAGUUGGCGAUGCCCGUGCUGAAAUACAGCAACUGCAAGAAAAUAUCAGAGGAUGGGAGAUAUCUAACAUGAUAUGAACAGUGAGAGGACUCAAGCCCAGCCAUUAUUUUCUGCUAAAACCUCCUUCGAAGGGGUUCAUGCAUCCAUUCCUUCUCAGAUUUCUGAUAUUCACCCUCCCCUUUGCAUCAUAGAAUGGGUAAGAUCUCUGUCGAUCACUUAUGACCUGAGACACGGUGGUCUAGACCAAAUUGUGAACAGAAUACUGGUAAAGUAGUGACAGAAUGCAAUAUUCCUUUAAUCCAUGGCAACACAGCUUUCAGCUAAUUUAUAUAUUGUCCGAUCAUGCUACAACCGAUCAGGCUAAGACAUCAUGAAAAUAAUAAGAUCUUACAGCGGCACUACCACCAAAGCCAUUUUGAUUUCACUACUGGGGAAACAGCAGAACUCCCUUUCAUCUGGUUGCACUGAUGGUCCAUCCCACCUCAAGUUAUGCACAGGGACAAAAAAAUAGGAUUAUCAGCCUGUCUAGCUAUGAUGAGCGUGGCCCAUGGUUCAAUGACUCAGACCAUUGAUCAGCUGCACUGUGGAUGUAUUAUGCAUUGGGAUCUCCUGAAUAUGACAAUCUCUAACCUUGUGGUCGGCAAAUAAAAGACUGACAGUGAUAGGACACAAGCUGGAAGUUGUUCUUCAGCUUAGUGAUAGGACACAAACCGGAAGUUGUUCUUCAGUUGACAGUAUUUAGGAAAGAAUCAGAUACCAAAAUUAGAGCAAUUAUGGAGAAGGUGAAUCGAGAGAACAGUCUGUCCCAGCAUGUUCAGAAAUAGUGAAAUUUGGAAACUCAGGGUGGAUCAGCUUCAGAAGGUUUUAAUUCUGGAAAGAGGAGGAAACAGUAUUUUAACUCAAAGAGGUACUCUGGAAGAAUUUGGUGACAAUGAAGGCACUAUUGCAGAACCAGGCAUAGAAGAUUUUCAAACUUUAACAGUGUGUUUGGUUGCACCAAAUAUCACGAAAUUUCGUGAUAUUUGAUGCAACCAAAUGCAACCUUAAAGAACAAUUUGCAGACUCGGAAUGCUUGGAAAGAAAUCAAGGUUGAAGAAAAAGUCGAUGAUAGCCAAGUUACUAGAUCCAAAGAACGUUUACAAUGAAUGGUCUUUUGUGGAAUAUGAGAGUCAGAAAUGCUCCUUCUGUUAGAAGAUUGAAAGAACUAGUUAUGGGGAAUAAAAGAAAUCAUUUGUAGCUUUGAUGGAGCCCAAAUUUUUAUUUUUUUUUAAAAAAAAAAAGGGCUCAAAUCAUUCAUGAGAUUCAUUUGGGAUGAGGUUUAGGGAAUGUUGAUGAAUAUGCAAAAAUCUGGUUGUUUUGGUCAGAUUCAAUUUGGCUUUAGAAGAUUGAUGGUUCUGAUCAGCAUGUGACUGUUGAACUGAAGGGAUUCUUGGAUGGGAUCUAUCAUUCUAACAUUGGUUUAUGCAUAAGUGUAUUGUUGCUGAAAUGAAAUACCUUUGUGGUAUUUUAAGUGAUUUUUCUGCUAACAUAUAGAAGCCUUGGCUAGUGCAUGGGGAUUUUAAUACUAUGAUGGACGGAAUCAAAAAAUUGGGAGGUUGGGGUCCGGAUCUAGUGUCUAUAUCAGAUCUUCGGGAAGCAAUCAGAACUAGCGACCUUAUCGAUGUAGGGUAUGUGGGUGGCUGUUUUACUAGGUCCAACAACCAAUCAGGUAACAAUUGCAUAUGCACAAGAUUAGGCAGCGUUUUAUUGAGUUUGUUGGGUUACAGGCAGAUAACAAGAUAUCAAGGUGGAACAUCUGACCAUUCCCCGUUGCUUGUCCUAAGCGGUUUUGGUUUCUAGAAAUGUGCACAUUACACUGAUUUUCUAAAGUUGUGGAGGAAUGUUGGUGUCAGCCAGUUUAUGGGUGUGUUGUUAGUGUUAAGCUUAAGAGAAUGAAAGAUCGCCUUAAAUAGUAGACCAAAGAAAGCUUUGGAGGUGCUCUUCUGAACAUGAAACAGGCAAAGAAUCAGGAACUGGAGGCAAAAUUGAAGCAUGAAUCAAAAAUUCAGAUGAAAAUGCAGCAGUGUGGUUGGCUGAGAGAAGGGAAUUGAAUAAAUGUUUGUUUCAGAGGAGAUUUUUUGGCGAAAAAAAUCAAAAACGAAAUGUUUGCAGAAUGGUGAUGGGGAGUGGUUCAAAGAUAGAGAUGUUUAAACAGCAAGGUGUUUCCUUCUUUCAAAAUUCGUCUUUUUUUUAAUGUAAUGGAAUCCAUUGAUGAGUUGUUUGAUGUUAAUUCUGCUUUAGUACCAAUGGAAGGCAAUUAAGCUUUA